AUGGACGCAUACAAACCGCGGCUCGAGACCUUCCUCCGCGUUUUAGAAGGCGAGGAAAGGAAGAUGAGAUCCUUCUCCGGAAAUGGCGGCAGCGUGGCGUCACCUUCCCUAUUCAGCGACUGGAAAACUCCCCUUUCACGGCAGAUGAGGGAGAGCUGGGAGAAACAGACGUGGAUGAUCAGCUACGUAGCCAGAAACAGUUGGGCAUUCGACUUCCUAUUCUGGAGGUACUUGGAUCAGAGAUAUUUCGGACCAAACGAGGACGGAGACUAUCAUGCGAGGCUGAAUCUUCUCACCCAGCGGGAGCUUGAGGCAAUGGAAGCCCUAGUGAAGAUGAAGAUGGAGCAGCGUGAGGAAGGCACUCUGGUGGCAUUGGAGCAUGACCGCGCAGCCGCCCAACUGACAAAGUUCAUGGUUUAA